UUGCAGUAGAGGAGCAGACAACCAGGGUGGCAGAAGUUUAGUUGUAGACUCACCAUGAGGAUGAAAGUCCACAUUUUUCUCAUGAUGAACUUGGCUGUUUCAUCAGCAGCCUCCAUUGGCUCAACUGAACCAGAUGUUGUGGACAUUGGUCAAGAGAAGAGCAUUAUAGAAGUAAACAUAGGUGCAGAUUUACAAGAUGACAUUAUUGAGCACCCAAACACGCAAAGGAGUACCAUUAUUAAUCAGACCCAACUGUGGACAUCACCGGUCCCAUAUGCCUUGGACAAAAACCUCGAGUUGAAUGCAAAAGGAGCCAUCUUGAAAGCAUUUGAACAGUUCAGGGUGAAGACAUGCAUUGACUUCAAACUGAGAGACUCUGAGGACUACUACGUCUCUGUCCAAAAGUUAGAUGGAUGUUUUUCAUAUAUCGGGAGAGUACAGACAAAUGGGCAGCAGCUCUCCAUUGGGAUAGGCUGUGAUACCAUUUCCACCGUUGAACAUGAGUUUUUACAUGCACUUGGCUUCUACCAUGAACAGUCCAGAUAUGACCGAGACGAUUAUGUCACAAUUGUAUUCAGCAACAUCUUGAAAGGUAAGGAGAGCAAUUUCCAAAAGUUUAGCAGUGAAGUGUCCACCACCCAUGGAGUCCCGUAUGACUACUGGUCUGUGAUGCACUACGGCAAAAAUGGUUUCAGUAAUGGUAAUGGCCUUACAAUAAUCACCAAAGACCCCAAAUUCCAAGAUGUGAUUGGUCAGCAGAUGGAAAUGAGUAACAGUGACGUCACCGAGUUGAACCUCCUCUACCAAUGUAACUCAAGUAUUGCCUUUAUGAUGUACUGUGGCUUUUCCAAUGGAGAUAUGUGCCAAAUGAGCCGCUGUUCACAAAGUGGCAAUGGCUGGCAAGCAGUAAAGCAGGCUCUCGGGGGUCCAAGCUCCGACCACACUGGCUUACCUAGUGGAAAAAACCCUGUAGGUCAAGAAGGUGGUUACUUCAUGCAUGCUAGCACAGCAUCAGGACAAGUAGGGGAUUCAGCUCAGCUGGAGACCAACAUGAUGAGUCCUAAAAGAGGAUGCAAUGUCCAGUGCCUCCAGUUCUACUAUUACAACAGUGGGAAUGAGUCAGAUCAACUUAACAUCUGGAUCAGAGAGUUUCAGGAUGAACAGGACUCCACAGGAACCCUCCGCCUCGUGGGACACAUCACAGGUUCACCAACAUCUCACUGGAAGCUCCAACAUGUUUCUCUGAAUGCCACAAAGCACUUCCAGGUAGUGUUUGAGGUUCGGAAAGGAUCAGGAAGUUCUAGCGGGGGCUUCUCGAUUGAUGACACCAAUCUCUCUGAGACUGAGUGUCCACAUUUAGCAUUUCAAGUGGAUGACUUUGAGAAUCUUUUAAACACUAGUGCUAGUGGAACCACACUAUACAGCCCACGGCAGUACUCCAAAGAGGGAUAUGCUUAUCGGAUAGCUGUUAAACUCUACAAGACAUAUUUUGGGAUGUUUGUGCAACUACUGUCUGGUGACAAUGAUAACCAGCUGGAAUGGCCUUGUCUGCGACGACAAAUGAAUUUCCAAAUGUUGGAUCAGAACCCCAACAUCCAGCUGCAGAUGUCAAAUCCAAAAACUUUCACCACUAAUGAAAACCAAUUAGACUCCACAGGUAACUCUUAUUGGGGUAAUCCUCGUGAGAUUGGAAGUCCAGUAUUUGUGGAUGAGGACAAUAAUCAAGUCUAUGGUGGAGCAAUAUAUGGCUUUGGAUCAUUCAUGAAUCAGGAAAAAAUGCAAUACAGAGACUUCCUGAAGGGAGGGAGUGCCAUUUUCCUCUUUGACUUUCAAAAUCUCACGCCACUUGUUAAUGGAAGUACUCUGGCAUGUCCUAAAACAACAGUGAACAUUUCACAACCUCCAAUGUCCAUGCAGGAUGCUGGCCCAUGCUCACCAAGAGUUUUCGACUUCUCCCCUGCAAUGGUGGCCUCUCCUGUUCUCAUCAUCUUGCUUGCCUUGGUGCUCUUGGUGCCUUGAUGUGCUAUUUUGUAAAAAGGAUGUGAAGUUUUUGCCGACUCAUUUUAAGCAUUUAUGGCCAUAUUUAACCUCAAUAUGAUUAGUAUAGAUGGCUAGAGUGGGAAGAGAUUUUGAUCAGAAUAUUUAGGUGUGAGAUAUUCAGAUGAAUAGUUAUCAGCCUGUAACACUUCGAGACAUAUAAUGUUUUGCAAUUGGUGGUGGGACCAUGUAUUUGUUAGAAAAGUAUCUUUUGAUUAUUUUAGACAAUUAUUAAUUGUAAUAAAAAAUAUAUAAUUUCAUGAAAACCUUGUAUAAAACCAUGUGCUAGUGUAUUUUACCAUGAGUCUUGGUGCUUGAUUGCAUGCAAAAAGUCAAAAUAAUAAAACUUUAAAGUUAGAAUGUGUGUGAUCCUCUGCUUAACAACCAGCUCUUGUAAAUUAAGACAAUAUUUUAAAUGCAUUUUGGUCAGAGAUGUGUUUAAUUCAAUGUCCAAGGCACUGUCAA